AUGGAGGGUGAGAAGUGCGUGGACACGUCGAAGUCCGGUGGAGUUCCGGCGAGUUCGAGGUGGAAUCCGACGAAGGAACAAAUAAACAUGCUUGAGAGCAUGUAUAUGCAAGGUAUAAGGACACCCAACGCUGAGCAGAUACAGCAGAUCACAAGCAGGCUAAAAGCGUAUGGCCACAUAGAGGGGAAGAACGUCUUUUACUGGUUUCAGAACCACAAGGCCAGGCAAAGGCAGAAACAGAAACAAGAGACUAUGGCUUAUUUCAUGACCCACUACCUUCAUAACAAUCCUUCCACUACUACUCAGCCUGUUUUCCCUCCUCCUUGUCCAAAUGUUGUUUGUAGCCCAUACUACAUGCCACGUAGCGAUUUAGGGUUCUACCCACAGAACCCCGAGGUGCUUCUACCUGGUGGCACGAAGAGGAGAUCAUCAAAACCAAAGAAAGUGGACAACACUUGUGGUCAUGUGGUAUAUGAACCUUCUCAAAUGGGACACAUCAACAACAUUAAUGGUACCGACUCUGAUCAAGAAACUUUGGCUUUGUUUCCUUUGGAGCCUACUGGGAUUUUACAUGCAAGAACAGAAACAUCUUCUAAUUCCACUACUCUUUCAAGCUCCUCUGAGACUACUGGCAUUAUUGAACAAGGUUGGGGUCAUGACCAACCAUUCAUUGACUUUUUCUCCCGAGGAAAUCGCUCCUGUGAGAGUGAUUGA